AUGUCUGGUUCGAAGAAAGAGAACUCCUUGAAGAGCAGACUCUCUAGCUCAUCUUUAUCGAAUUUGUUCAAUUUGAAUAAGAAGCGGAAUCGUGAGGAUGAAUCGGAUUCAGAAUCGACCAAUACUACUGAUCAGGAGGGGAAUUCGGAGCAAAAUGAAGUAUCUGUUAAGAAACCACGUAUUUCAGGACCUACAGAGGAACAGGAGCAGAAAUGGGACGCAGAAUUGCCUGAAGAGCUACGUAAAUACAGACCAAGAGGUUACAAAUUUAACUUGCCUCCCAAGAACAGACCCGUGAGAAUUUAUGCAGAUGGUGUGUUUGAUUUAUUCCACUUGGGACACAUGAAGCAACUUGAACAAUGUAAGAAGGCCCUGCCCAAUGUGGUGCUGAUCUGCGGGGUCCCCAGUGACAAAGUUACACACAGACUGAAGGGGUUGACUGUGUUAACCGACAAGCAAAGAUGCGAAAGUUUGAAACAUUGUAGAUGGGUUGAUGAAGUCGUACCCGAUGCACCGUGGUGUGUAACUCCCGAGUUCCUUGCCGAGCAUAAAAUCGAUUAUGUGGCCCACGAUGAUCUUCCGUACGGAAGUGCUGGCAGCGAUGAUAUUUACGCACCAAUCAAGAAAAUGGGUAAGUUUCUUACUACACAGAGAACAGACGGGAUUUCUACGAGUGACAUCAUCACUAGAAUCAUCCGAGACUAUGACAAGUAUCUAAUGCGUAAUUUUGCUCGUGGAGCUACUAGGAAAGAACUGAACGUUUCGUGGUUGAAGAAGAAUGAGCUGGAUUUCAAGAAACAUGUCAACGAUUUUAGAUCAUAUUUCAAGAAGAAUCAGCACAAUCUGAAUAAUGUGUCGAAAGACCUGUAUUUCGAAGUCAGAGAAAUCCUGCUGAGGAAGACUCUAGGUAAGAAAUUGUAUUCUAAGCUUGCAGGCCAAGGUCUAAAUCGAGACAUCAAGGAUGCUAGUCAAAGAGGCCAAAGGCUAAUCCGAGAAAGAUCCCCAGCCAGCGAGUUUGCCAGCAGUUUCACUGGCGAAAAACUUGAGCAGAACGCCAGUACAGACGACCAUGAUUCGGAAGAAGAUCAAAACGAUGACGAAGAGAGCUACUCUGACGACAGCAGUUCCACAAAGACAAGUGAGUCAAAAAGAGCGAAUAGAUCAGCAGUUUCAGUUCAUAAUAAGAGGUGA